AUGAAACAGAAGGGAAAAGUCGACGUCACGCCGUCCGAGAAAUUCGUGCCGCAACGGCCAUUUGGGACAGCGGCCGAGCGCGCACGACGCAAUCUCAAUGCGAAACUGUCUAACCCGCUGGCUGGGUUCAGCCAUACCGAGUUACGGAAUCAGGGGCGCACCUUCGCCGAAUUCCAUGAGAUGGGCGAUGGAUCCGACAUUCGUGCCUUUGAGCUGGGCGCUGUAUUGGCACAGUCUCCGGAACGAUAUGCCAAUGUCGCUGGUCUGACGAGUCAGGAGAAACAAGUACUGAGUCGGGAGUUCACACAUCGCUGGUCCCAGCCGUGGAAGAUGUAUGGCGUGAUUGCAUUAUGCUCUCUAUCAGCUGCGGUUCAGGGAAUGGAUGAAACGGUCGUGAACGGAGCUCAGAUAUUCUACAAAUACCAAUUCGGAAUCGGCGAUGAUUCUUCUCGAAGCACCUGGCUCGUCGGCCUGGUCAAUUCGGCACCCUACCUCUGUUGUGCCUUCAUCGGUUGCUGGCUAACCGUCCCAUUCAAUCACUGGUUUGGGCGCCGUGGCACAAUCUUCAUAACAUGCUGUUUUUCUGCGAUCGCCUGUCUCUGGCAAGGAUUUGUCUCGACCUGGUGGUCGAUGUUCAUCGCACGGUUCAUACUUGGCUUUGGUAUUGGUCCCAAAUCCGCCACAGUACCAAUGUACGCAGCCGAAACCGCGCCGCCAUCUAUUCGAGGUGCCCUGGUCAUGCAGUGGCAGAUGUGGACGGCAUUUGGGCUCAUGAUCGGCUAUGCAGCCGACCUCAUCUUUUACAAUGUCGAGUCCAGUACGAUCGUCGGCCUGAAUUGGCGCUGUAUGAUGGCCUCGGCGAUGUUUCCAGCUGUGGUGGUUUGCUGCUUUGUCUUUGCUUGUCCGGAGUCGCCGCGCUGGUAUAUGAGUCAGAAGCAGUAUUACCGUGCGUAUCAGUCGAUGUGUACACUGCGACAUCAUAAAAUCCAGGCUGCUCGUGACCUGUACUACAUGCAUACUCUGUUGGAAGCGGAGAGUAGUAUGAAACUUGGGCGGAACAAGUUGCUGGAACUGAUCAAAGUCCCGCGGAACCGGCGAGCGAUGCUGGCGUCGCAGACUGUCAUGUUCAUGCAGCAGUUUUGCGGCGUCAAUGUUAUUGCAUACUAUUCUUCCGAGAUAUUCCUCGAGGCCAAAUUCUCUCCACCAGCAGCUUUAGGUGCCUCACUAGGCUGGGGUGUCAUCAACUGGCUGCUAGCCAUACCGGCGAUCUACACAAUCGACACCUUCGGCCGGCGCAACCUGCUACUACUGACCUUCCCACUAAUGUCUCUCGCCAUGUUUUUCACGGGCUUCAGCUUCUGGAUUCCAGAGAGUAGUCACAAUGCACGUCUUGGCUGCAUUGUACUGGGAACCUAUCUUUUUGGUAUUGUCUACUCACCCGGUGAGGGACCAGUGCCAUUCACCUACUCAGCCGAGGCAUACCCACUCUACGUCCGGUCCUACGGAAUGGCGCUAGCCACUGCAACGACAUGGUUCUUUAACUUUAUUCUGGGCGUGACGUGGCCAUCCCUGCUGGCUGCCUUCACGGCACAAGGUGCAUUUGCUUGGUAUGGGAGCUGGUGUCUGGUUGGAUGGUGGUUGGUGCUCCUAUUUAUGCCGGAGACAAAGGGAAAGACGCUGGAAGAGUUGGAUCAAGUGUUCUCUGUGCCGACAAGAUUUCAUGCGCGAUAUGGUCUUCGGCAGAUUGGAUAUUUUGUUAGGCGGUAUUUGUUGAGGAGGGACGUAAGACCGGAGGUUCUGUAUGAGAGGGAGGAGUUGGCUGCAGAUCAAGAUGUGGGAUUUAAUACUUGA